AUGAAAAUUUAAUUAGAUAAAGACACAUACAUUCUCUAAAAAAAAAUAGGUGAAGGUAACUUUGCUACAGUUUAUGCUACUCAGCAUCAAAAUCUUGUAGCUAAAGUAUGUUACAAGUCAAAUCCUAAAGCAUUUAGAGCAUUCUAAAUAGAAAUGGACAUUUUGAAUAAAAUUUAAGGAGAAGGAAUUGUAAAACUAGAGAAGUCUGGCAUUACUCAAUUAUAAGGCUAAACAAGUGGAAUCUUGAUUUUAGAAAAUUGUUCUAAGGGAAGUCUAAUAGAUUUAAUGACAACUUAUGUAUUAUCAAAAAUAUCAUCAAGAUUAAUAGAAGACCUCCUGAACAAUUAGUAUUGAUGGUUGCAAGAGACAUUAUCAAAGGAUUAAUUUAAAUUCAUUAAGUACCAACUCUUAAAUACAUAUUUAGCUUGGAUAUAUUCAUAGGGAUGUUAAAAUGGAGAAUGUACUUUUAAAUUCUUUAGGUUAUUUUAAACUCUGUGAUUUUGGUAGUGUUACUAAAACAAAAUACUUUAAAAUAGAUAAUACUAAUAGAGAUACAAUUAAAGAUGAAAUCGAAGAAAAUACAACACCUUUUUAUCGUGCACCAGAAUAUAUUGAUUUCUAUGCUAAUUAUCCUAUUACUGAAAGUGCAGAUAUAUUUGCUCUGGGUGUUUUGUUAUUUAUGUUUUGCUUUUAAAAACCUCCAUUUGAAAGUGGUUUAGCAGCUGUCAAUAAUCAUUAUUUCAUACCAGAUUCUCAUGAAUAUUCACCUAAGUAGUCAAUUUUAACAUAACAAUAGACUAAUCUAAUUGAUUUAAUCUCUUUUUGUGGUUAAUCCAAAAAAUAGACCAACUGCAUAAGAUUUACUUUAAAAAAUAUAACAUAAUUGGUAGUUACCUUAGAGAUUCAUAGAAACAACUAAUUAACCAAUUCCUGUUCCUAAUCUUAAAUAAUAUUUCUCUUCUGUAGACAAUGUUUAUAUUGAGAAAAAGGCUGCUCCACUUGGUUUUUUUGAUUAAGUUAAACGUUAUCUCUUCACAUUAAGUAGGAAAACAGAAGCAUGGGUAAUCUAAAGUACAAGCAAUGAUGAUGACCCUCCUAGAUUGGAGGAUAUAAGAUCUUUAGUUAUCAAAGCAUGGUUAAAAAGAGAAAAAAUACCAAAAUUUUAUCUAGCCAUCUAACAAAAAUUACUUUUGCCUCAACCUGAAAAUCAAAGAGUUAUGAUGAAGUUGGGCAUUUUAUUACAUUAAUAUAUCAAAAAAGGUCCACCAGAUGUCUUAUAAGAAUAAAAAUAAAAGAAUCAACCUAAUAUUUGGAGUAUAAUAAAAAUUUUAACUGACCUAUAUAAAUAGAGAAUUAAGAUUAAUCCUUAAAACGAAGUUAAAGUAAUUGCAAAUUAUUUUACAAUUAUAAAUAAGAAAUUAAUAAUUUGUCAUGCUAAUAAAAAAUUAUUUGAAGGUAGUUAUUCAUUAUCCCCUCUUUUCUUAUCUUUAGAAAGAGGAGAAUUUUGGAAACCCCUUGAAUCUAAAUUAAUAGAUGAUUUAUUAAUAUAUUGGUCAGAUUGUUUGCAAUAUCUAUCAGAAAUAUUUUAACCAACUUCUCUAUGGAGAAUUUAGACAUUAAUAAUUAUGUAAAUGGUUGAUGAAAUUUAUUCAUUAUUAUCCAUGUUACUUCAUUUAUGGAUUUCUGUAAAAGAAACUUUGAAUACAAGUGAUAAUUUAGAUACAUCAAAAUUAAUAGAAUGGAUCUUAAGUGUUGAUUAAAGAUAUCAAGAAAACUAUUUAAAAACGAAAAAGCUAUUUGAGAAAUGUUCAACUUUAUCUGAAUUUACAGAAAUUAAGAGAUUCAUGCCUAAUUUACAGUCUGAAGUUAUUAAUUAUAUUUAAUCAGUCGAGUAUUUUAAAGGAAAAACAAAAAUUGAACUUAGUCCCUAAAGAUCUAUACAUGGAAUUAAAAUGCCUGUAAGUUAUUAAGUAACUGUCCAAAAAUUAUAAUAAGUACUUUUAUCUAUGUCAGAUUUUGAUAAGCCAUAAAAUCAAAUUUAGUCAAAUCUGAAUAGCAAUAAUAAUUAAGACUUUUUUGCAGAUUUUGCAUUCUUAAAUAAUUAAGUAAAUUAGAAAUAGCCAUAAGAGUAAGUAUAUGAUUAACCUUGGGUUGAUUUUACAUAAACAUUUUAACAAUAAUAAUAAUCAUAAUAAUAAUAAUAAUAAUAAUAAUAAUAAUAAUAAUAAUAAUAAUAAUAAUAAUAAUAAUAAUAAUAAUAAUAAUAAUAAUAAUAAUAAUAAUAAUAUUUUUCUCAAUCAUCCUUUGAUAAUUAAUUUAUAUAAUAAGCAGGAAGAGAAUCAGUUUAAACUGAAAUUGAUCCUUAAAUGCUUUCAUAAAUUGUUUUUAAAAUAAACUAUGAUAAAAAUUCAGAUAAUAGUAUCUAAGAUUCUUUAAAAAUUUAAUAAUCUUAAUAAGUUUAAUCACUAAUUUUGAAUUAGAAAUAAUAAGAGAAGUCAAAAAUAAUUGAAGUAACUAACUUACUAGAUGUUCAUGAUAAUGUUGUUCCUUAAGCAAAAAAUAAUGAACCAAUUGAUCUAUUAAACUUUGAUGAUUAAUCUCAUUAGGUAAAAUAAAAUGCUUUUUUCUUACCUACUGAUAUUAAUUUCACUCAAGUCACAAAUUAAGAUUAAAAUUAAGGAAAAGGUUAGAUACCUCAACAAUAAUAAUAAAAUCAGAAUUUUAAUUAAUAAAUACCUAUAUAAUAAAGUCAUCAAUAAAAUGUUUAAUAAUAGUAAAUACCCUAAAUGAUGCAUCAAUAAAAUUUCUAAUAAUAAUAAAACAUUGUAAUUGAAGAUGAUGAUGAUGACCUUAUACCUAUGACAUAUGAUAAUAUUCCUUAAAAGAAAGUAGAAAUGAAAUAAUAAAUACCUCAACAUUUAGCUUAAUCCAUAAAUCCAACUUUCAACUUAACACCUAUAAGACAAAAAAUACAUUCUUAGAUUUUAGAACAUGCAAACUAAAUAAUUGAUGGUGAAGUAGACAUCAGUGAUUUCAUCAUAUAAUACAAUGAAUUAGUAUUUUAUGAGCAAAUAGCAUCAGGAGGAUCGGGAGUGGUAUACCGUGGAAGGUACAAGAAUGAAAUAGUGGCAAUAAAGGAUAUUGAUAUAAAUGAGAAGGAUGAAUAAAAGAUGAAAGAAUAUAAGAGAGAAAUAGUGACUUUGGUAAAAGUUAGACAUCAUUAGAAUUUAGUGUGUUUAGUAGGGAUUACUUUUCAUUAAAAUAAAUUGUAUAUAAUAACUGAAUUCUGUUCAGGUGGCUCUCUUUUUGAUUUAAUGCAUAGAAAUAGAGAGACAAAAAUUGAUUAAUUAACGAAAUUGAAACUCAGUUUGUUUAUAGCUGAAGGAAUGGCUUAUAUUCAUAAAUUAGGAUUUAUGCAUAGAGAUCUAAAGUCAUUAAAGUAAAUAUUAAUUAAAAAUUUAUAGUAUUUUAUUAGAUUAACCAUUCAGUCCUGAUUCUAAUAUUAAGAUUGCAGAUUUUGGUUUGGCCAGAACAGCUUUGGAAAAAACUGAGUGGAUGACAGCAGUUGUUGGAACAUUUGUAAGUUUAUAUAAUCUAAAUUAGCACUGGAUGGCUCCUGAAGUAUUUAGAGGAGAAAUGUAUACUAACAAGGCUGAUGUAUAUUCUUAUGGAGUAUCAUUUAUUAAUAUAUAUUAGAUAGUCUUAUAUGAAAUAUUUUCAAGAUAAAUUCCCUAUAUGAAUAUUGCUAAUCCAAUGUAAAUAAUGAAGGCUGUAACAGAACAGAAUUAAAGACCUGAUCUCUCGUUUGAAUGUUAAUAGGAGAUUAAAGCAUUAAUGGCCUAGUGUUGGCACCCUAAUCCUUAACAAAGACCAACUUUCGAAUAAAUUAUUAAUAGUUUGUAAAGUUUAUGA